AUGAAAGCUUUCUUCGUUUUGGCUCUCUGCGUUGCCAGCCUUCUGGCAUCUGAUAUUCCUUCGCCGUUCCAGUGGAACGAAUCCUUCCGUGUAUCUUACGAUACGUUGGAUGAGCAGCACAAGGGACUGUUCAAGGGCAUCUACGACGUCGAACAGUCGCCUGGCAGUUCGCAGGCCCUCACCAACCUGAGGAACGUCAUCGAAACUCACUUCAGAACCGAAGAGAAAAUGAUGAAGGAUGCUGGUUACAGCGAGUACGACUCCCACCGCAAGAUUCACACCGACUUUGAGAAGGACCUUAGCGGAUACACCACGACCGUCUCCUCCAAUCAAAUUCAAACUGCCAAGGAAUGGCUGGUGAACCAUAUAAAAGGAAUCGACUUCAAAUACAAGGGCAAGCUGUCAAACUAG